CAAUACAUACCUGCCUACUGUCACACAGUUCAAGCUGGGUAAUUGUUGCUUCAAGCCUGUCGAAUGUGCAUGCACCCAUAACGAAGUCGUUUCUGCAUUUCAACGCCGAGAGCCUCGGGCACCUACCCAACACAAGAUGGAAGAGGCCGCGACAAAUGAAGAUAGCGACUCCGACAUGUACUCCCUCGGGGGCAUUGACGAGGAGGAAAUGAACCAGCUAUUAGCGACAACCGCAGCAGCCGAAGCAGCCCAGGUCCCGCCCUCAAGCGUGGUGCACAAAAUGGACCAGGACUCGAGGUCUGCCGAGAGCUUCGACUCGCAGUUGCAGUUCUCAUCUCCUGCCACAAGCCCCGGCGGAACCUCGAAGAGCGAAUUCUCGGAGCCCGAUCUUCUUGACGAAGACGUAGACUGGAACCUCGUGACUGCUUGUGCCCGAUGAGGCGGCUCCGAGCUCUAGAACAAAGUCCCUU